AUGAAAAAGCAGCAGAAAAAUUAUGACCGUUAUGACGACAGAGGUAGUAGUUACGAAAGAGAAAUAAAUUAUCAAGGACACAAACGCGACUAUAGAGACAAAAGUCCAUACCCAGGGAGUGUAAAUCGUAGAAAUAGAGAAUCUAGUACGGACAGAAAAUAUGGAAGAGACAGGUCACUUUCCAGAGACAGAGAAUAUUAUAAUAGAAGACCAAGAGAAUCUAGUCCAUAUAGAAAUGAUAAUAGGGAUCAUAGAAAUAGGUCAAAUUCCAGAGAUAGAGACAAUAGAGGAACUAAUUAUCAUAACUAUAAACGUCAAUACGGCAGGGAUAAUAGUCGCGAAAGAACACCUGAACAGUAUAGGGACAAUUACGAAAAAGAAUCGAAAAGAGUUACAUGUUACAAAUGCAAUGAAAAGGGGCAUUACGCUGAUAGGUGUACCUUGUCAAAAAACGAUUAA